AUGCUCUCCCAAGAAAAGAACCGCCUCGUCUACCGCUACGAUGCGGAGGUCCUCUGGAUUGAACCAUGGGGCCCGCACGCCCUCCGCGUCCGCUGCACGAAGCAGAACCAGAUGCCAUCGGAAGACUGGGCAUUACACACCAGACCCGAGUCCGAUACGCCAGUCAUUGAGGUCGGCAAGGAAUCCGCCUCCAUCACGAACGGCAAGAUCAAGGCUGUUGUCUCCUCACGCGGCAAGAUCAUCGUCUACAAUGCCGCGGGUACCCCUUUGCUCGAGGAGUACUCGCGUAACCGCCGUGAUCUGCUCGAUCCCAAGUGCAGUGCCCUUGAGGUCGAGGCGCGCGAGUUCAUCCCCAUCCCCGGGGGUGACUACCGGCUGACCGGGCGGUUUGAGUCGCUCGACCCUCGCGAACGCAUCUACGGCAUGGGCCAGUACCAGCAGCCAUACCUGGACCUCAAGGGGUUGGAUCUCGAGCUGGCGCACCGCAACUCGCAGGCCAGUGUCCCCUUUGCCGUCUCCUCGCGUGGCUAUGGGUUUCUUUGGAACAACCCAUCCGUGGGGCGCGCCGUGUUUGGAAAGAACACCAUGAGCUUCGAGGCCCAGUCGACCAAGGCGCUCGAUUACUGGGUUGUCGCGGGGGAUUCCCCGCGUGAAAUCGUCGAGCGCUACGCCGAUGUCACGGGUAAAGUUCCCAUGAUGCCCGAGUACGGCUUGGGGUUCUGGCAGUGCAAGCUGCGCUACCAGACGCAGGAGGAGCUACUCUCCAUCGCCCGCGAGUACCGUCGCCGCGAGCUGCCCAUCGACCUCAUCGUGAUCGAUUUCUUCCACUGGCCCUACCAGGGCGAAUGGAAGUUCGACCCCACCUACUGGCCGGAUCCAGAUGCCAUGAUUGCAGAGCUCAAAAAGCUCAAAAUCGAGCUGAUGGUAUCGAUCUGGCCGCAGGUGGACAAGCGGUCGGAGAACUACGAGGAGAUGCUGGCCAAGGGAUACCUCAUCCGGACGGAACGGGGCGUGCGGACGGCGAUGGAGUUCCAGGGCAGCACGGUGCACUGGGACGCGACGAACCCGGAGGCCCGGUCCUACCUAUGGGGGAAAGUGCAGCAGAACUACUAUUCCAAGGGGAUCAAGGUGUUCUGGCUGGACGAGGCCGAGCCGGAGUACGCCGCAUAUGACUUUGACAACUACCGGUACUGGCUGGGCUCGAACGUGGCGGUGGGCAACGUGUACCCGGUCGAGUACGCGCGGGCGUUCUUCGAGGGCCAGCAAGCCGCAGGCCAGAGCAACAUCGUCAACCUGCUGCGCUGCGCAUGGGCCGGGUCGCAGCGGUUCGGGGCGCUGGUCUGGAGCGGCGACAUUGCGUCCUCCUGGGCAUCCUUUCGCUGCCAAAUCGCCGCGGGAUUGAACAUGGGCCUCUCAGGCAUUCCCUGGUGGACGACGGACAUUGGCGGCUUCCACGGUGGCAACCCGGACGACUCGGCCUUCCGCGAGCUGUUCACCCGCUGGUUCCAAUGGGGCACCUUCUGCCCCGUCAUGCGCCUGCACGGCGACCGCGAGCCGCACAAGGAACCCAUAGGCACCACGGGCGGCGCCACCUGCGUCUCGGGCGCGGACAACGAGGUCUGGUCGUACGGCGAGGACGUCUACGCCAUCUGCGAGAAGUACCUGCACAUCCGCGAGACUCUGCGCGAGUAUACCCGCUCCCUCAUGCGCGAGGCCCACCAGCACGGCACUCCCGUCAUGCGCACCUGUUUCUUCGAGUUUCCCCAGGACCCACUCGCCUGGGAGGUCGAGGACCAGUAUCUGUAUGGGAGCGAGUACCUGUGCGCUCCCGUGCUUCAGCCCGGCCAGCGGGAACGCUCUGUCUAUCUGCCUGAGGGGGCAAAAUGGAGGCUCUUCACGGGGGAAACAGUGUAUGAAGGCGGGCAGACGGUGACCAUCGCUGCACCUCUGGAUUCAAUGCCUGUUUUGGUCCGGCAGUAA